GUUUGCCUAGCAACAACCUCUGCUGCAAGGAAGAACGAUUCAGUGAUUAUCUCUAAGUUCUAGUUCAGGCUACUACAUAAAAACUCUCAAAAUGUCUGAUUUAGGCUCAGAUUAUGAUGAAGAAGAGCAAGGGCCAUAUUUAGGAGAAUAUGAAGGAGAAAGGAAUGCCAAGGAAGAGCGUCAUGGCAAAGGAAAAGCCACGCUGCCCAAUGGAGACAUGUACGAGGGCAUGUAUGAGCAUGGGAAACGCCAUGGAGGGGGUGUGUAUAAAUUCAAGAAUGGAGCCAGGUAUAUAGGAGACUACAAACAAAAUAAGAAGCAUGGAUCGGGGAAGUUCAUCUAUCCCGAUGGUUCGAUAUAUGAGGGGAGCUGGGUGGAUGAUCAGAGGCAUGGGUACGGCGUCUACACGUACCCCAACGGUGACAUGUACGAAGGUGAAUGGCAGAGCCACCUGAGGCACGGCCAGGGCGUUUACACCUACAAAGACACUGGAUCCAAGUACGUAGGAUCAUGGAUCAGCGGGAAGAGGGAAGGGGCCGGUGAGCUCAUCCAUGCUAACCACAGAUACCAAGGCAUGUGGGUUGCUGAUCAGCCGCAAGGCAAGGGCAAGUACGUCUUUGACAUCGGUUGCGAGCAGCACGGCCAGUACGUCCCCGUGGAGCAACCACUGGGUGGAGACCAGGAAGAGGAGGAAGCCCAGACCGUCACCGUACCCAAAUGGAGGGCGGGGCCUAUCCAGGCGGUCAGCCAGUACAACCCCGCCGAGGAAGCCAUCGCUGCCCAGCAGGCGGAGGAAGGGGAACAGGCAGAGGGAGAGGAAGGAGAAGGGGGUGACGGGGAAGGAGCGGGAGAGGGAGGGGAGCAGGCAGCAGAAGGGGGAGAAGGAGAGCAAGCGGCAGAAGGGGAUGGAGCCGCAGCGGCAGAAGGAGAAGGAGAUGCCGCUCCUGCUGCAGAGGGAGAUGGAGAGACACAGGAGCAGCAGGAGGAGCCAGCGGAGGGCGGGGAUGAGCAAGCGCCUGUAUCACCCGUUGCCGAGGAAACAGAAGAUGCUGAAUAGAAUCAUUCCUGCUAACAAGAUCUCCAUUAAACAUUUUAUGAACACUGUUUUUGAACCCUGGAACAUUGGCUCCGGAGAAUUAAUCCAACGAGUGCAUCUCACCUUAAGUGAAAGUGGUUGCCAUGGUAACCUGUCAUUAUAGCUGAUCAUCGUUCCUUUUCUUGGAUCUCAAACCUGCUUGGAAAUGUGCCGUGCCGAACAGUUUUGUGUAUUUUUAUUACCUAUUGUCAUGAUCAUCAGCAAACAUGUUCAAUUUGUUUUACUGUUACUGAGUUAUAGCCCUCCCCCCCUCACUACAGCUAGUUCCCUUUUCUUCAAAAUUGUUUUUGUCUAUUAAUUUUCAAUUCCAUUCAUUUUUUUUUACAGUCUCAACUCUCGAUCUAAAACAUCAAAUAGAAAUAGAAAUUACCAAACAAAUUAGAAAAAUAGAUAGAUAAAUCCACACAAAUUAAUGAACAUAAAAAUUGAGAGUAUGAGGGAACUAGCAAAGACCUACCUAUCACAGGCUAUUCCCAAAAUGAUUACAGUUAAAUUAUUGAGUUUCUUGUAUUACAAAAAAGAAGAAAAGGAAUCCCCAAGCACCAAAAUAAUCUAAUAUUUAUAAGAACAUUGUAUUGGUAUCUAGAAAAAAAUUGUAUAAUUCAUAAUUUAUAGUGGGCAUAUAUUGUAUGUUCCUGUGUAUGUCAUUCCAACAUUUUGUUCCAGCAAAGAAGACAUUUCAACAAGAAAAUUCACAUUUGUAUAAUGGGAAUGUAAGUAUCUACUAGUCCUUGUAUCUUACAUAGAUCUCCCUAGGGGAGCGUUUCAUGAAAAGAGUUGUUGGAAAUUUUAUCUGACAAGUUAUGCUUUAUCUGACAGUUACCGUGCUACAUAGCCAAUCAAAAGUCAAAACCAAAGAAAGUUGUCAGGGCCCCGACUUACAUACAGUUGAUACGAUCAACCACAACUAUGGUAAGCCAGACACGCCAACAUCUAAAAUGCAUGUCUGUUCAAAAUGUUUACCCUGCAUGAUGUAUCUAUCAUACAUUCGUUGUUGUCUUGACGGUGUGAUGUGCUCGUCAUUGUUAACAAAAGGAAUGUGUGCAAAAUUUUGGUAGGAAAAUUAUGACAAUAAUGGAUUUCCAUAUAGUUGAGAUUGAUCAAAUCAAUCGCAGCUCUUUGUAAAAUGGGACUGAGGUGGGACAACUUGUUGGAUGAUAAAUGUUGAUGAAAUGCUCCAUGUGAGUGUUGCAUCAACAUUUUUGUCUGUCAAGUUGAUAUUGAUAUUGCCUAUGAAGCGCUGUGACUGUGGUAACUGUCCGAUAAAACAGACUUCAUCAGACAAAACAUCCAACAAGGCCUUCCAUGAAACGCUCCCCUGUGCCCUGUCUCACAAACAAGUAUGAUCAAUCCUCAACACUGAUUGAUCCUCAACUAUGGAAAGCCAGUUCCACCAUCAUCUGGAAUGCUGAUUUAUUCAUGUUCUCUUUAAUAUGACGAAUACCAAUGCAUUGUCAUUAUCUUAGUCCAUUAACACAUCCCUUGUUUACAAAGUGAUAAGUGCAUACAGUAUGACUGUAGAUUGAAAAUUAUGGCCUUGUUGGCUAUCCAUAUUUGAGAUUGAUUGGAUGAUUACAUUCCAAUUUAAAAAGCAGGGCAUAGAUUUCCCUUUAAAACCAUGUCAAGAAGCAAGAACAAUGUAUUCAACAUAUUUGGAUUGUGCUUAAGAGAAGUCUAUCUCAUUUAUACAAUGCUAAAAUAGUGUUAUCCAUAUUCUUUAUGAAGUGGUAGGCAUUCAGAACAAGUUGAAAACGGCAUUCAGAUUGAGAUGUAAACCACAAUAAGAUUUUCAAAUCCCACUCCUCACAUCCUUUGUGUCCAUACUUGCAUAAGUAUGUAGGUAUGUGUACUCCUGUAUUAGGAAAAAUGACAUAGUAUUCACUUGUAUAUUUCACUUUAACAUUAUUCGAUGUAAAUUAUGUAAAUAACAGUUACAUUUUAAU